UUGUGAGUGGAAAACAGUUGCAACAUUGUAAAUGAAGGCAGUAUUGGCGCUUAUGCUACAUAUGAAAUUUAUAACAACAUAUUGAUAUUAGUGAACACUCUUGCUUCAGAUUUCUUGCGGGGAGGACGUGGCAAGAACAGCUGAUUGACUUUCUAGUGGUGACGUGGCGGUGGAAGACAUCUUGGAUCUUUAAGUUUUUGGUUUCAGUUUUGUUUAAUUUCAAUUCGUUCAUCAUUUAUAAAAUCCCAGUGCACAACGUCUAUCGCCAAUGCCUCGCACCAGCAAGUCAGCUCGCCAGGAGGGCGGCGGCAGCGGCGCCGCCGCCCCGUCCCCGCCAUCAGCCCGCGGCGUGAGCCUGGUGGCCAUCGCGCUGCUACUGCUCGCCAUGGUGACCGCCUACAUGUACCCGCUGCUGACGGCUGAGCCGGCCGUACCGGAGCUACCAGACAAAUGGUGGUCGGCCGGCGAGUCGCCCGCCCGGCCCGACACCAGCGUGCAGCGGUACAAGAUCUGGGCGCCGGCCGGCACCAUGGAUGACAUCAGGUCGCGCCUGGCUCGUGCCGAGAGCCGGCUGGCGCCGCCUCUGGAGGGAUCCAACUUCACCUACGGCUUCAACUCGGAGCAGCUGAAGAAGGUGCUGGACCACUGGAGCACAAAGUACGACUGGCAGAAGCGGCUCCGCGCGCUCAACGAGCUGCCCCACUUCCGGACCAACAUCGACGGCCUGGACAUCCACUUUGUGCACGUGCGGCCCGAGGUACCGUCCGAUCAGCACCAGGUGGUCCCGCUGCUCCUGCUGCACGGCUGGCCCGGUUCGUUUGUCGAGUUUCGACGCGCGCUGCAGCUUCUGAGCCGGCCCCGGCCCGGACACCGGGUGGUGUUUGAGCUCAUUUGCCCCUCAUUGCCCGGCUAUGGAUUCUCCUCCGCUGCGGCCAAGCCGGGGCUCGGCACACCAGAGGUGGCCGCCAUCAUGAGGAAGCUGAUGCUGCGACUCGGCUUCGAGAAGUUCUUCGUGCAGGGCGGUGACUGGGGCUCAAUGAUCACCAACCUGAUGGGCACCAUGUAUCCGGACAACGUCCGAGGCGCGCACAUGAACAUGGUGACUCCAAGUUCCACCUCGCCGCGGAUGUGGCUUCUGCUCGCCGUCGGCAAACUCUUCCCCAGCGUCCUCGGAUCAGAGUUCUUCCAGAAGCGCUACUACCCGGUGGGCGCGUUUGCGUCGCAGCUGGCCCGCGAGACCGGCUACGCGCACCUGCAGGCCACCAAGCCGGACACGGUGGGUGUGGCGCUGGGCGACUCUCCGGCCGGCCUGGCCGCCUACAUCCUGGAGAAGUUCUCCAGCUGGACGGAUAUGGAGAACGUGGCGCGGCCGGACGGCGGUCUGCCGGGACCGUACGACAUAGACGACCUGCUCGACAACGUGAUGAUCUACUGGGUCAGCAACUCGAUCACGAGCUCGAUGCGUCUGUACGCCGAGUCGAUGGGCCGGCGCGUGGCCGAGCUGCGGCUGCACGACAUCCCGUGCCGGGUGCCCGUCGGCCUGCUGUUCGCGGACAAGGAGCCGUACCUGUUCUCGCCGAACAUGCUCGGUAACAAGUUCCCGGAUAUUGUAUCGGCGCGGGAGCUGCCCGAGGGAGGCCAUUUCCUGGCCAUGGAGAAGCCCCAGCUGCUCGUGGAGCACGUGUUUGUGACGGUGUCGGCCAUCUUGCAGCGGGAAGAGCGCGACAGGGAACAGCAGAAACAGACAGAACAGCAGCAGCAACAGAAACAGGAGCAGCAACAGAAACAGCAGGAGCAACAGAAACAGCAGGAGCAGCAGAAGCAGAAGCAGCAGCAGAAGCAGAAGCAGCAGCAAAAACAAGCGUGAGGAGGGGAGAACGCGGGAAGAAGGAAAGGAAAAGAGAAGAAAGGACAGAAAGGAAAAAUACGUAAGAAACGUCAGCAACAAAUGCGGUGGAACACGAAACUAGAAACGAAUUGAGACGCUGCCGGACGGUAAGGAUCGAGAAGCACCGCAGAUACACUCAUGGGAGUGAACCGCACGGGGGGCCAGUAAAAGGAGCUGUGGAGGACGAAGGCAGGGCAACGGAUCGUGGGGGACAGAGGGUGGAUGGUGGAGACGCAUGGCGCAAUUCUUGGGUCUUUGAGAUGAUGUGCCUCGCCUUCACGGCGCCUCGAACCUCCUAGUGUGGAUGCUUUGUGCCCUAAGGAGACCAUAUUCGUCAUAACCGCUAACUAGUCAUAUUCGCAAUGCUCUUUGGCGUUGGCGUUGGCUUAGUGUCCUACAAUGCAAUUAUUGGUGUUGCUUUGUAUCGCAUCAUGACACUUGCCCAUCCCUAAUUGAUAUUGCUUGAUUUGUGGGGUGGCAAUAUACUCAAAUGGACUAUA